AUGAACACAACAGAGAAGUUUUACCUUCCCGUUGAUGGCAUCCUCGAAAUGUUCAACUCUCUAACCGGGCUUGACCACCAAUCAAACAUUACGCACACAGUUCUCCAGAGCGCAGCCCUUACGCCAACAACCCAGCACCCCAAAGUCUCAAACAUAUCGAAGACAAGCAUGGGCAUCAUCAAAUCCGUCAGGGGCCACUGGAGGCAUCAGGGAAACCGAGCAAGCAGGUCGUCCAGUUCUGGCAAUCGGCAGGUUUCGACUGAUCGACUUCCCAAAAGGUCCGUGGAUCUGUUGGAGCUGGGUCUGACCAAGCCCAGGAACUGUCACAGGAUAGUUGUGCUUGGUGCGCCAAGAGUGGGUAAAACCAACAUCCUUCAGCGGUUUUUGGGUAAAGAGUUUGAAGAGGAUUAUGAGCCUACAGUGGAGGACUUUCACAGGAAACUGUUCCACAUCAAUGGGGAGGCUUAUCAGGUGGAUCUGCUGGAUGCUGCGAGUGAGAGGAACUUUCCUGCCAAGAGGAGAUUAUCCAUACUGACAGGUGACACUUUUCUGCUGGUGUUCAGUUUGGAUGACAAAGACUCUUUCAGUGAAGUCUGCGAGCUUCUCAAUGAAAUCAAAGCUGCUAAGGCAAAGCUGCUGAAACUAAAGCAUCCCGCGAGAGUCCCAGUCGUGAUCUGCGGGAACAAACUGGACUUGGACGCAUCGAGGGCCGUCACACGGUCCGAAGUGUCAGAAAUCCUCGGUGAGGAUGUGGCGUUUUUUGAGACAUCAGCCAAAGACGGAACCGGACUGGACGACAUGUUCAAGGCUCUCGCCACUCUGGGCGGGCUGCCUGACGAGACAAGUCCGUCUAGGCAUCAGAUGAUACCCCUCCUCACCUACCAGUCUCUGUACCUCGACCAGCGGGGCAGGAGAUGGAGCCGCACGCGGGGACUCGGUGCGCCCUGCGCAGCCACGGACCCUCUGGCGCGCCGGCCGAGCUUCACCAGCGACCUGCGGCUCGUGCUGAGAUCCAGCACCAAACACAACAAACCCGAGAGGUGUCAGAUUCAAUGA